AUUUAAAAAUCGAUUCAUUUAAUACAGGUGCCUAGGAUAUCUAACGUAUAAUCGUGAUGUUGAUCACCUCAUCAUGGAAAAUCGACCUAAUAAUUCUUUUCGUGGUAUCAAUUUUCAUGCUCUACAAAUACUCGACCAGAAAAUUCAACUACUGGAAAAAACGAGGAGUAUACCACCCGAAACCAAUACCUUUCCUCGGCAACAUUGCUGAUGUCACUUUCUUCCGAACCAACAUAGGAGAAUGGCUGAAGAAAAUCUACGAUUCAACAGACGAACCAUUUUUUGGUAUCUUCGUUUUUGACGAGCCGCACCUAAUCAUCAAAUCUCCAGAGCUGAUCAAGCAAAUCAUGGUCAAGGAUUUUCAUAAUUUCAAUGAUAGAACAGUGGCACAGCCCGAACAUAACAAGAUGAUCCAAAACCUAAUGUUUUUCCAAAGAAACCCAGAGUGGAAGGAAGCCAGAUCCAAAAUUACUCCUGUCUUCACUUCCGGAAAACUCAAGAGCAUGUUUACGUUGAUUGAGCCAAUCGGGGCAAACCUCUUAUCCUACUUAGAGAAAAACGAAGGCGAACUAGAAUCGAAAGAGGUAUGCGCUAAAUUCGCCACCGACGUCAUAGCCAAGUGUUUUUUCGGCAUUAACGCCCACUGCUUCGAUGACGAUGAGGCGAUGUUCCGGAAGCUCGGCAGAACCGUCUUCGAUUUCUCCUGGAGGAACGGGAUCGUGCAAACAGCGUACUUCUUCCGGCAAAAAUGGGUCGAUACUUUCAAGCUGGAUUUCGUGGAGAAAUGGGUGUUUGAUUACUUCCAUGAAGCGUUCUCGAAAACCAUGAGAGCUAGACAGGAGAGUGGCGCUAAGAAUAAUGAUUUGGUGGAUAUUUUGAAUGCCAUGAAGAAGAAUUCUGAAUUUGGCUCGGAUAUGGCGGACCUGGAGACAGAAAAACUGGUUGGUCCAGCUAUCCAGUUCUUCAUGGCUGGAUUCGAAACCACGAGUUCUACUAUAUCAUUCACUCUGUAUGAACUGUGCCUCAACAAGAAUAUUCAGAAUAAACUGCGGACUGAGGUGCUUUCGAAUAUUAAGAAACAUGGUGGCGUUACAUACGAAGGAUUAUUGGAAAUGAAGUACAUGGAUCUUUGUGUCAAAGAAAUACUCCGUAUGUAUCCGGUACUCCCGUUCCUGGAUAGAACCUGCAAGGAAGAUUACCAGUUGCCAGGCACCAAUCUAGUCAUCGAGAAAGGAAUGCCAGUUUUUAUUUCCAUGUUUGGCAUGCACCAGGACGAAAAGUACUUCCCGGAUCCCAAGAAAUUCGACCCUGACAGGUUCCAGAACAAGAAUUAUAACAGCGAAGGCUUCGUUUACUUUCCUUUUGGGGAAGGACCGCGAGCUUGUAUUGGUGAAAGAUUUGGAUUGAUGAGCACGAAAGCGGCCCUCGCAUACAUCAUAGAAAAAUACGAAGUAGAAAAAUGUGCGACAACCCCAACUCCAGUGGUAUUCGCACCCAAAAGUUUGGUACUUCAAUCCACUGUAGGACUGCCAAUGAGAUUCAAGAGGAUUAUCCCAACUCCAGCCUAAAUUAUAUCUUCUCAGAUUAUUUAUGAUGUAAUGUUAAUCAUUAUGUACAUACUAACCUUUGACACACUGUGAUAAUUUGGUUUGUUCAAUUUAUGAUUUGAUCAAAGCUGAUGGGCUAUUAUAUAGUCGUAGAAAAAGCAAAGGACACAACAGAAACACGCUCGUUGCCAAAACGUGGAUUCGUGUGUUAUUUUCAUCACUUCCUAUUAUGGAAUAAUUGCGUUUCACAAACCAAGUUAUGUUAUGUAUUUUUUUUAGUAUCAAUAUAUUUGUUGUGGUGGGAAAAUAUCAAUAAAAGCUUCGUUAGAAUUA